UUAACAGUUCUACCUCCAAUGACAGGAGAGUGAUCAUGAUCUCGUAAUCAUCUGUGAAUGAUAUUGCACAAACACAGAUCUGCGUAUGCUAGGACUACUGAUUUCACAAAUUCCAAAGAGUCGCGUUGUGGUGCGGAGCUCGUUAAAUUUACAAAGCUUUUCUAGGUGUUUGUCCAGUAUGGCGAGCAAGCACGUGAAGACCACCAUCCAUCAUGACAAGAUAAUAAAAUCCCCGCAAGACAAACGACAGUAUCGUGGCCUUGAGCUGAACAAUGGUCUUAAGGUGAUGGUAAUCAGCGACCCUGACACGGAUAAGUCUGCAGCUGCUAUGGAUAUCAAUAUAGGUUCAAUGUCGGAUCCCUGGGAGCUUCCUGGUUUGGCUCAUUUCUGUGAACACAUGCUUUUCCUGGGAACCAAAAAGUAUGAACAGGAAAAUGAAUAUAACAAGUUCUUGAAUGAGAAUGGUGGCAGCUCUAAUGCUUAUACCUCAGGAGAACACACCAACUUCUACUUUGAUGUGGCUCCGGAUAACUUAGCGGGGGCCUUGGACAGGUUUGCACAGUUUUUCCUUGGUCCAUUAUUUACAUCAUCUGCAACAGAACGGGAAAUCAAUGCUGUCAACUCCGAAAAUGAUAAAAAUCUUCAGAGUGAUCCUUGGCGUCUUCAUCAACUAGACAGAUCUCUAGCUAAACCUGAUCACGACUACAUCAAAUUUGGAACAGGAAACAAAGACAGUCUGGACACUAUACCCAAGAGUCGAGGACAGGAUGUUCGUGAAGAACUCCUCAAAUUUCAUUCCAAGUAUUAUUCGUCUAACAUCAUGGCACUUUCCAUUCUUGGCAAAGAGUCCCUGGACGAGCUGACAGGUAUGGUAGCCCCUCUACUGGCCGAUGUUAUAAACAAGAGCACCAGUGUACCGGAAUGGUCAGAACAUCCUUAUGGACCAGAGCAAUGCAAGACGAUCUGUUAUGCUGUGCCAGUCAAGGAUGUGAGGAACUUGUACAUGUCAUGGUCAAUCCCAGACCUGCAUCCCUACUACGCCUCCAAUCCUGGACAUUACCUAGGACACCUGGUUGGACAUGAGGGCCCAGGCAGUCUGUUAUCUGAGCUCAAAGCCAAAGGCUGGGUGAACACUCUAUGUGGUGGUCAGUCUAGUGGAGCAAAAGGAUUCAUGUUUUUCAAAGUGGAUGUUGAUUUGACUGAAGAAGGCAUAGAGCAUCUCGAUGACAUAGUCACCCUGACCUACCAGUAUGUGAAUUUACUACUAAAGGCUGGACCGCAGGACUGGAUAUUUAAGGAAUGUCAGGACCUUAGUGCCAUGACCUUCAGAUUCAAAGACAAGGAGAAGCCAAGAAAUUACGUCUCGGGCCUCUCUGGUAGUUUACAUGACUUUCCGAUGACUGAAACACUGAGUGGACCUUACCUGUUGACGGAGUUCCGUCCGGACCUCAUCAACAUGAUCCUGGAGAAAAUAACACCUGACAAUAUGAGGAUUGGUGUUAUUGGGAAAAAGUUCCAGGAUCGUGUCAAUCAGAAAGAGAAGUGGUAUGGUACAGAGUAUCUGGUGGAGACCAUACCUGACGUGAAGCUACAGCAAUGGGCUUCCUGUGGCGUGAAUGAUAAACUCGUUCUACCAGCCAGAAACGAGUUUAUACCGACAGUCUUUGACUUGACACCUCGAGAAGUUGAUCCAAGUCCUCUCCCAGAAAUGGUAAAGGACGGUGCCCUCACCAGACUAUGGUUUAAACAGGAUGAUACAUUCCUUCUACCAAAAGCAUGCAUCAACUUCGAAAUCAGCAGCCCGCUGGCGUACUCUGAUCCUACCAACUGUAACAUGACCAACCUGUUUGUGACCUUGUUCAAAGACGCAUUAAAUGAAUAUGCAUACGAUGCUGAGUUAGCUGGCUUACACUACGAUCUCAACUGUACCAUCUACGGCAUGUCUCUGGCCGUUGGAGGAUACAAUGAGAAGCAGGAUGUGCUUCUUCGUAAAAUAAUGGAAAAGCUCACUACCUUCAAGGUUGAUUCCAAACGAUUUGCUAUAUUCAAAGAAAUGUAUGCAAGGUCCAUGAGGAACUUCCAGGCAGAACAGCCUCACAGACACGCAAUCUACUACACAAACAUCCUGAUGUCAGAGGUCAAGUGGACCAAUGAGGAACUCAUGCAGUCUCUAGAGGAUAUCACGGAUGAGAAAUUACAGGCCUUUAUACCAGAUCUACUGUCAAAACUUUACCUGGAGGGACUCAUAUAUGGCAAUUUUACCAAACAGAAAGCCCUGGAGGUGACAGAGAUGAUCGAAGACAUUCUACAGAAGCAGAGUGGAACUAGGUCACUGCUACCCAGUCAGAAAAAACAUUUCAGGGAGUUGCAACUGCCAGAUGGAUGUUACUAUGUGUGCGAGGAGAAUAACAAGGUGCAUAAAAGUUCCAGUAUAGAGAUCUACUACCAGUGUGGGGUACAGCUCACAGAUGGCAACAUGCUGCUCGAACUCUUCAUACAGAUCAUCGGCGAGCCAUGCUUCGAUAUACUUCGCACCAAGGAACAACUGGGAUAUAUCGUGUUCAGUGGUAUAAGGAGAACAAGUGGUGUUCAGGGCAUGAGAAUCAUUGUACAGUCCGACCGUAAACCUCAGUAUGUGGAGAACCGGGUAGAGGCUUUCCUUCAGAGCAUGGAUGCUUACAUUAAAGAAAUGACAGAGGAAAGUUUUCAGAAGCAUGUAACAGCAUUGGCUGCCAAGCGCCUGGAAAAACCCAAAAAGAUCAGUGGCCAACAAUCUCGAUACUGGGGGGAAAUCGUGUCCCAACAGUUCAACUUUGACCGGGAUGAAAUUGAAGUUGCCUACCUGAGGGGAAUACAGAAGAAUGAUGUUUACAGUUUUUACAAGGAACAUAUAUGUAUCGGAGCACCUAGGAGACACAAACUUUCUGUACAUGUGAUGUCAACUGCUGAAGGAAAUGGAAGCCCAGACAGUCAGAACUCCGAUGGUACUCCAGACAGCCUCGCCUCCACACCUGAACUACCACAGCCAAUCAUUGUGAGAAACAUAGCCGACUUCAAGAGGGACAUGGCCUUGUUUCCUCUCCCCAAGCCCUAUAUAGACCUACAGAAGGCCAGGUCAAAGCUCUAGACUGUGAUACUGUGAGGGUCAAUGUUAUGAUGAAAUCAUUCACACUUUACAAGAUGUCAGGAAUGUGUAGAUUGUGUGAGGAAUAUUGAACAUCUGAUGUUGACUAUCCUGUGUGAGAAAUAAGUUGAUAUUCCAUGUCUCAUUUUCAACACCCCAUGUGAGUAAUGUUACAGAUCUCAUUGGAGGAUGUAGAAGAUAAUUUGUGAGAAAUGGUGAGGAUAUGUUGAAUUUAUUGUGUGAAAUGUUGAACAUUUUCUGGUGAUCGAGAGAUCUGAAAAUCUUGAAUGAAUAGUUUUAAACAUCUUUUGUUGAAUAUCUCAAAGGGGAAAUAUUUAAAAUCUUGAGUGAUAGACUUUGAAUAUCCUAUGUUGAACAUCUUAUGUGAGAGAUAUAAUUGAACAUCACAUAUUGAACAUCUGAUGUGAGAGAUAUAUUUGAACAUCACAUAUUGAACAUCUUAUGUGAGAGAUAUGAUUGAACAUUACAUGUUGAACAUCUUAUGUGAGAGAUAUAAUUACACAUUACAUGUUGAACAUCUUAUGUGAGAGAUAUAAUUGAA